AUGGGCAUCAAAAAUCUCACAACUCGGCUGCAAGGUCAUUCCCAACGCUGUGUGCUUGGAAGUUCUGGAGCGGAGAAGCAUUCUAUCGCGCUCAUCGAUGGACCCGGACUAGUACACCAUCUGUACUGGGCAUACGCUGAUGGUAUCAAUGCCUCCGGAGUGUCUUGCACACCGUGUGAUUACGCCGCCACCUUAAUUGCAACGACUCGAUGGCUUGAUGAGCUAAAGUUAUUUGGUUUCGAUAUUAGAGGAAUCUUCUUCGAUGGAUCACUUCCUGCCUCGAAACGGGAUACCCGACUGGAGCGGCUGCAGACAUACAGCACCAAAUUGAAGACUUUCAGAAUUGCAUCAGAUCCAAUACAUAGUGCUCAGAUCAUCGGAGAUAUCAUGAAGUUCCUACCACCACUGCUUGUAGCUGCCAUCGUAGAGGCGCUGUCAUCUCAUGAAGAAUAUGCAUCGGUGACCUUUGUCGUACCAGGCGAAGCGGAGACAUUCUGCGUUGCUGCUGCACGAUCUUCAGAUAUUGAAGGAAAAGAUAUAACUAUCUUCUCCGACGACAGUGAUGUUCUCGUCUAUCAGCUGCACAAGCAAACUCGAGUGGCUCCUUUUCGGGAACUGCAGGUAUUGGGGGAUGAAAGUCGGAGCUUAUUGAGCGGGUUCUGUCACUAUCCGUGGAAACUUGCUAAUAAACACGACAGCGCAUUCGAGAGUCUGACCGAAGCAGCAUUCUUUAUGAGUCUUGAUCCGUUUUGCUUACUGAAUGAUGCCUUCAAGAAAGCAACGGCGCUACAGCGGUCGCAGGAUGAAGAGCAAUAUUCUCGACUCAUAUUGUUCAAACAGGAAUACGCCGCGCAAAACGAGCUUCGAGAUUGGAAUCUCAUUUAUCCCGAUCGAGAGUUAUGUCGUUUGCUUGGCAGGAGAGACGCCAGAAUCUCCGAGCUUCUUCAUCAGACAACUCACAACGGAUACAAACCUAGCGCCGGAGUCGAUCUGGAGAUUUUCCUACCCUAUCUCUUAGAAGAUGCUUCACGUACGACAGCAUGGGAAAUCGGUCGCGACCUCCGCAUCGUGGCGUACUCAACCCUGCUCGGCUUCGCGAACAAAAUGAAUAAGAAUCUGCGAAUCGCAGAACAUACGAGGAACGGCAGUCCUGCCGGAGUUACUGCCACGAGUCUCUUGCUUAUGCCGCGGGCUGCUAGCUUAGAGGGUAUCAGAGAUCUUCACGGCCUAUUGCAGCAUAGCUAUAACCGCUUUUCCAAGCUCACAUCAAGAUCGCUUUCAUCCUUUUCUUCCUCGGCAUCAUCGUCAUCUCAAGUGAUUACCUGGCAUUUUGUCAUCCUACACCUCUUCAUCCAGGAUCUGUCUGACUCGCAGAAACCAUUGCCCGAUGUAUCAGACCUCAUUCAUAUACUCUCCGGAAUCAAAACGUCGACCGCAACGUCUUCGUUCGGGAAAUCAUCUCGCAAGCAGCAAGACGCGUACCGCACCCAGUGGUGGAAACGCUUCCAUUUCGCAGCGCAAUAUGAAGCAAUGUAUUAUUCCUUGCGCAUCCUCAAUCAGCUUCUGCGAGCUUCACUCUAUCCAGCCCAUAUCAAAAAAGCCGACGCAGCACCUCCGCGCUCCUUCAUCACGACCCAGGAUGAUCAGGCCGUCAUACGACUCUUGUCUGUUCUCGAUACACUGCCCAGCAUCAUCGACUUCUCUUCUCCGCCUAUUCAUGCCUCAGUCAAUGGUGACAAUACGACCUCGCGAGAGCAAUGGAAGGAAUGCUUGGCGGGGCUCAUCUCGGAGUUCCAGGAUCAGGAAGCUCCUCUGCAAUCCUAUCACGCGAAAACAAUCGAACGCAAGUCACCAAAGCCCGCCCCAGCCAUAAAUCGGCAGACAAAUUCCCGGCUUGCAACGAUCGGGGCAGGUGAAAGGGCCAAGAGCAAAGUGCAGCCGCUCACAAAAGCCAAACAGACCACACCCAACAGCAAAAAUCCAUAUGACCUGCUAAUGGAAUCCCCGCAAGAGGGGUGGUAG